AUGAUAGUAGGAGUCAGAGAAGGCUUAAAAGCAAAAAUUGCAAAAAACGUGAGAAUGAGGGUUUUUGAAUUGCUUAGCAAAAUUCCGAUAAUAACUAUCGCUUUCGAUUGUCAACCACUCACUGUCUAUUUGGUGAUGUGUUCUUGUCUUGAACAUUUUAAAAAUGGGUACUUAAAUUAUGGAAAGUGGCCCGAGCUGCUGGACGAGUUAAAGUACGAUGUACCUGUGAAGAUAAGAAGAGGAAGAGGAAGAGGUUUCUGUUGGAUCGCCACUUAG